AUGAAUUCGUAUUUCGCGAACUCGUCGCUCCCCUGCCAUUUAUCUGGUGGUCAAGAAGUUCUACCAAACGUGUCCCUAAACUCGGGCAGCUAUGACCCAGUCAGGCAUUUCUCGUCCUACAGCUCUCCCAUGAGUCAAAACCGGAUUUACGCUUCGCCCUUCUAUUCACCUCAAGAUAACGUAUUUGGGACGGGUCGGGGACCGUACGACUAUGGAUCUAAUAUAUUUCUCCAAGAAAAAGAUGUGCUCCCUAGCUGCAGACAAACAAGAAUGGGACUUAAUGGUCAGAGCCACAUUACUCAGGACUACAACUUGGAUCCAGGCAGGAAUGGAACACAAGAGCAGAAAGGCAACGUUCAGAUAUAUCCAUGGAUGCAGCGCAUGAACUCGCACAGUGCAGGGGUUGGUUAUGGCGUGGACAGACGCAGAGGUCGCCAGAUCUACUCCCGGUACCAGACACUGGAACUGGAGAAAGAAUUCCACUUCAAUCGGUAUUUGACGAGACGAAGACGCAUCGAGAUCGCCAAUGCGCUCUGCCUAACUGAGCGUCAGAUCAAAAUUUGGUUCCAGAACCGUCGUAUGAAAUGGAAAAAGGAGAGCAACUUGACCUCUGCUACCACGGCGAGUGAAUCCACUGUUGUAUCUCAAGAGGCAAACAAAGAGAGUGAUGAAAAGGAGCCAGAGGAGAAAAAGGAGGACUGAUCCUCAUUCUCCAAAUUCCUGCAUUCUGAACACUUAGUAGAGCAGCAACAUAACUACCUAUUCAUGACAUUUUACACGUUAAUGCAUGAUGCGCAUUGUUAUUCAGUUCCUCUGUCUCACAACCUCCUGUGUAUGUACCCACUUGCAGGCGCAGAAACUCACUCUCUCAUAUAAGUACAUAAAACACGCACGCGCACGCAUACACACCAGCACGCACGCAUGUUGAGAAACUGCAACAAUUAGGUUUUUAUAUUUAGUGCAAUUAUGCCGUUUGAAUCGGCGUGAGGAAUAUAUGCAACUUUGUGUGCUUGGUAGUGCCAGUUUUAUCCUGUUGCCAAAAUGGAAAUAAUUGUUAUAUAGCAGUCCAUAAACAAUUGACCAGGACAAUGAGUAGGCUACAUUUGCCUUACACAUGGAGCGGCAAACCGUGCGCCUCAGCGUUCAUUCCAAAUGAGAACUGAAUUACAUAUACAUUUCUGUUGUUAACUUCUUUUGAUGUUGUUGACAUAAUGUUGUACAAAAAUAUUUUUUUCAUGAAUUUCGAUGUCUGUCCUAAUGGACAAUAUACACCACCUACAGUCGAUUGUUCAUAUUUGUAUAUAUUAAUCCACUGCUCGAGCAUGGAUUUCAACCUUUCGUUUGCUAUUUUUUUAAGUGUGAAGCACACUUUGGCUUGUACAGGACAAAUUACCCAGACACACGCUUUGAAGUAUAACAUUAAAAUGAUACAGAACAAGAAUAAUCUCAUUUUUGAUGUGAAGUGUUUUAAACUGUGCUUUAUUUAAUAAAACAUUUUUC